AUGUCCCAUGAAUAUUGCCUCGACGCCCUCGUUGUAGGGACGGGUUUCUCUGGUAUCUAUACCCUGUAUACCCUCGUCAAGGAAGGCUUGGAUAUCCUGGCGAUUGAAAAGGAAAGUGACGUCGGUGGCACAUGGUAUGUGAAUCGAUACCCCGGAGCUCUGAGCGACAGCUGGAGUCAUGUUUAUCGCUAUGCCUUCGACGAAGAACUGCUCCAGACCCAUCCGGUUGUGAGAAGAUAUUCUACCCAGCCGGAAAUCCUAGACUAUCUCAAGCGAGUUGUCGAGAAACAUGAUCUACGAAAGCGCAUCCAUUUCAAUACGGAGAUGACCGCAGCCGGAUGGGAUGAUGUUGCUAAGGAGUGGAGGGUCCAGUGUCAGACUGGCGAUAUAUUUCGCGUGAAAUACCUUGUCACGGCUGUUGGGAUCCUCGUCAAGCCCAAGGUUCCCAAUAUCCCUGGUCUAAAAAGCUUCAAGGGCCAGGUAGUCCAUACAGCUGCGUGGGAUCCAAGCAUCCAAGUGGAGAACAAACGUGUCGGUGUCAUAGGCGUUGGUUCAAGCGGGGUACAAGUGGUCACUGCUGUUGCUAGCAAGGUGACAUCGCUCCAUGUUUUCAUCCGUACUCCACAGUAUACUAUCCCAGCAAACGACAAGCAGAUGACCCCCGAAGAACAGAAAUCCAUGAAUGAGAGGUUCCCGCAGGUCUGGUCAAACGUAUUGACUUCCCGGCUGGGAAUGGGCUUUCUGGAGCACAACAGACCAUUCUUGUCCAUACCCUCAGAAGAGCGCGAGAAGAUAUUGGAGCAUCUCUGGAGGGAGGGAAACGGUAUCCAGAUGAUGUUUGCAGCAUUUUCAGAUAUUGCUAUAGACGCAGCGGCUAAUGAAGAGGUUUGCCGAUUCCUUCGCAGGAAGAUUGCACAGAUUGUGAAGGAUCCCGAGAAGCGGGCUGUUUUGACUCCAAAGGAGGCCUGGAAUCGACGACCGUUGUCAGACGCUGGAUUCUAUGAGCAGUUCAACCGGGAGAACGUGUAUGCGAUUGAUAUAAAGAAAUAUCCCAUCACCAAGGCAACGGCAGAAGGUAUCUGUACUUCAGACGGCAAACUCCACGAGCUAGACAUGAUAAUAGUCGCAACUGGCUUUGACGCUAUGGACGGAACCUUUGCUCAAAUAGACAUUCAAGGGCGUGACAAGGGCGAAACUCUGUAUGACCGCUGGAAGCGUACUGGUCCGGACUGUUACCUAGGCUGCUCAGUUGCCGGGUUUCCAAACCUGCUGACAGUGCUUGGUCCGAGGGUGGCUUUCGGCAACGUGCCUCCUUUACUGGAGAUACAGGUUAGCUUUUUGAGAGACGCGAUCCGACAGGCCCAGGAUAUCACCAGACACACAGGGCAGCAAUGUGAGAUCGAAGCCACGGAACACGCCGAGCGCGAAUGGACUGAAGUAUGUGAGCAGAUAGCGAAGAUGCUUCUUUUCAACAAAGGAUCAUCGUGGAUGUUUAGGAAGAACGUACCAGGAGACGCAACGUCGAGUCUUUUCUACUUUGGGGGACUGGGAGCGUUCCGAACCAAGCUGGAAGAUACAAAAGUCAAUGGGUUUGCUGGAUUCAAGAGCCCAUUAGGCCCUGCUGCAGAAGCACGCGCACAGCUCUAG